AUGCUGCAGGACAAGGAGGGAAUCGCCCCGAACCAGCAGAGAUUGAUUUUUGCUGGGAAGCAAUUGGAAGAUGGCAGAACUCUUGCAGACUACAACAUCCAGAAAGAGUCGACACUUCAUCUGGUUCUGAGGCUUCGGGGUGGAAUGAUGAUCAAGGUCAAGACACUCACAGGCAAAGAAAUCGAGAUCGACUUCGAUCCCACCGAUACAAUAGAUAGGAUCAAGGAACGGAUCGAAGAGAAAGAAGGGAUUCCAUCUCCGCAGCAAAGGAUUCUGACAAAUCGGUGUGGUUUCUCGUUGAGGCUUAUCUACUUAGGGAAGGAACUCGCUGAUGACAAGACUGCCCGGGAAUCCAACAUCGAGGAUGGUUCUGUUCUUCACCUUGUGCUUGCUCUGAGGGGUGGCACUUAG